AUGGCCGGAAUCGAACAACUCGAGAUUCACAGCAAGUCGUACAUUGUGCGCUGGGUCAAGGUGGAAGAUGGCCACACGAUAUCCUGGAGUCUACAGCCACAUAAAAAAUCCAUCAACUUCGGCAUCGUGAAGCACCCGGGCUCCGGCGCCACCAACUUGACCGCCACCGGGGCCGCCGGCAUCGACGAGCUGAACAACUCCUCCGAGAACCUCGAGGCUAGCAAGGAUGGCGGAGUCAACAAGAGCGCAAAGUCUGGCCGCGGAGGCAUCUCUAAGAAGGAUUCAAGCACGGCCCAGGAGCAGCUGAGCAGUAAGGGCUUCAUGCUCAUGAAUUGGCAUGGCAAAUGCGAGGCCGACAAGGUUUCCAUGGGUACAUACGACGUGCUAUCCGGCCAGGGCGGCAUGUUCGGUCUGAUCUUCGACAACACAUUCUCCAAGACAACCGGCAAGACGGCCACCUUUGUGCUCUUGACCUUCCCUACCGGCCAACCACCCCAGGUUGCCCAUCACAUCCCAAAUCUUGUUGCAGGAGGACCGAGCGUGGCAAACAUCAAACCUGUUGGGAGGAGCCCGACCGGGGCUUCAGAUUCGGUGGAUAGCCUGCAUAGUCACGGCAAGAACAGGGCGCAAUCCAUCGCAGGCCGUAGCGAAGGUGGCGGAGCUUCGAGCACAUAUCAUACAGGUACCCUACUCAAGAGGCGGAGAAAGAAGGGUCAGGGGUACGCACGUCGCUUCUUUUCGCUUGACUACUCGUCGUGUACCCUGUCGUACUACUACAACCGCAAUUCAUCAGCACUCAGAGGUGCCAUACCUCUAAGCUUGGCAGCUAUCGCCGCAGAUGAGCGACGAAGGGAAAUAAGCAUUGACUCCGGUGCCGAAAUUUGGCACCUCAGAGCUUCAAAUGCCAAGGAUUUCGCCGAUUGGGCGCAGGCGCUGGAGAGAGCCAGCAGAAUCGCUCGUGGCCUGGAACCGGAACCAGCCCCAGAGGGUGUGCUUGUUCCCAAAGACACGCUGAAGGUCAACACGCAUGCCGCACCGCGCUUCGCAAAUGCACAGGAAGAGGAGCGGGAGUGGCAGCAGGUCGAGAGCCUGGUCAGCCGUGUGGUCGGCUCGAGAGACGCCCUAAGACGCCUGGUUAAGGACAUGGCCGUUCAGAGGCAGUAUACUCGUCCGUCGAGCUCGUACCUUUCUCCAGCGACUCCCAAUGGAGCCGAGGAUAGUGAUUAUUUCCCUCCCACGCCACAUCAGCAGCAAGAACAGAAGCGAUCAUUCUGGCGGCGCAAGUCGAGCGCACCGCCCAUGAGCCCGCAGGUCUUCCAAGCUAUGCAAUCAUCCGCGCUUGCCGUCCCAUCGCCCGGCUCUGUCGCGGCAGCCAUUGCCGCUAAUGGCAGCAAUUCGAAGAGGAUGUCAAAGGGGCCAGAUCAGCAGGAGGGGAGCAUUCACGAUCACUGCACGUCGCUACUCAAUGACCUGGACUCGGUAGUCUCAGAGUUCACUUCACUAGUAGCUAAGAGUAAACGCAGACGGACGCCAAUGCCAACGUCUGCAACAGCUUCACGAAUGAGUUUCGAGUCUACGGCAUCCACGGACGAGUUUUUUGAUGCCGAAGCUGGCGACUCAGCGGGGGCAAACCAAGUCAUGAUCAUUGAUCGCCAAGAUGGGGAGGACUCGCAGGAAUCUGAGGCGGACGAUGCUUCGAUACAUUCUUCAUCGUCUGUAUCUUCGGCGGAAGAGGAAGAUGUCCCAUUAGAUGCAAAGGGCGUAGCAGCUCUAUUCCCUUCAAAACCAAAAUCUUUGCAUCCACUCCCCAUCGAUAUUGGUGUCGAGCGUCGUCGCACCAUUCCACCUGCCACCGUCCUUCCACCUUCUCUAAUAGCUUUUGUAAGGAAGAAUGUGGGUAAGGAUCUUAGCACCAUUAGCAUGCCUGUAUCUGCAAACGAGCCCAUCUCCAUGCUCCAACGCACAGCAGAACAACUCGAGUACGCACAACUCCUUGAUGCGGCGGCAACGCAGAAAACGGCUAAUGAGCGCAUGUUGUACGUCACUGCUUUCGCCGUUUCGCAAUUCAGCGUCAACAGAGCCAAGGAACGCGCGAUCCGCAAGCCUUUCAACCCACUUCUAGGCGAGACUUUCGAAAUGCUCAGAACAGAUAGCGAGGUCCCAGGCGGCUUCAGGUGCAUCGUCGAGAAGGUCUGCCACCGCCCCGUCAGGCUAGCUAUGCAUGCAGACGCCGCUUUAUGGUCCUUUGCCCAAAGUCCCGCCCCAGGACAGAAAUUUUGGGGCAAGAGCGCCGAGAUCACCACGGAAGGCAAGGUCAGGGUGGCACUUAGGUUGCCAGACGGCACCGAUGAACUCUACUCCUGGACGCACGCGACCAUGUUCUUGAGGAAUGUGGUGAUGGGCGAGAAGUACGUUGAGCCCGUAGGAUCCAUGGCCGUGAACAACGACUCCACGGGCGCCAAGGCCCAGAUCGAGUUCAAAACCAAGGGGAUGUUUGGCGGUCGCGGUGAGGAUGUUCAGGUUGACAUAUACAAUCCUGACGGCUCGCAGACCGGACUGGCGCUCAAUGGUACGUGGACGAACUCCCUCAAGGUCGUGGAGAACGGAAAGGCCAGGAAGGGCGAUGAAAUCUGGAAGGUUGGCGAGCUUGUCCCUAAUGCGGCCAAUACGUACGGUAUGACUGCCUUCGCUGCCGCUCUCAACGAGAUCACGGUCAUCGAGAAGGGACGGCUGCCACCCACGGAUGCUCGGUUGAGACCAGAUCAACGACUCGCCGAGGCUGGUAAGCUAGACGAGGCAGAGGAGGAGAAGGUGCGUCUAGAGGAGGCGCAGAGAGCCAGGAGGCGCGAGCUGGAGGAGCGUGGUGAGCAGUGGAAGGCGAAGUGGUUCGUCAAGGUUGCUGGCGGCGACGAAGAUGGUGGCGGAGAGGAAGUUUGGAGGAUCAAGCAUGGCAAGGAGAGCUAUUGGGAGAGUAGAGAACGAGGGUUCCAAGGUGUGGACAACAUCUUUUGA